AUGGAGAAAGACAAAGUCCCUCACGUUGUUAUCUUGCCCCUCCCACUUUCAGGCCACGUUAAACCCAUGCUCACCUUAGCCGAGCUUCUCUGCGAUGCCGGCUUUCUAAUAACCUUUGUUAACUCCGAUUACAACCAUGAUCGUCUUGAGCGUGUCAUGGACAUCCCGGCCUUCUAUAAUCGCAGUCCGGGAUUUCGAUUUGUGUCCAUCUCUGAUGGUCUUCCACUUGAUGAACCACGUCUUGGCCCUAUUAUAUUUCAAUUGUUCUUUAAUACUAGGACAGUGAGCAAGCCACUUUUCCGAGAAUUGUUGAUAUCACUACGACAAUCGACAAAAAGGUCUCCGCCGACGUGUAUUAUAGCCGAUGGACUCAUGUGUUUCGCUAUUGAUGUUGCUGAGGAGCUUGGGGUUCCAAUCAUUACUUUUCCAACUCAUGGCUCCCAUGGCAUGUGGACUAUUAUGCAUACUUCAAAUCUCAUUGAAGAAGGGGAAGUUCCCUUCCAAGAAGAAAGUGACAUGGAUAAGCCUAUCACCAGCAUUCCCGGCAUGGAAAGCCUCUUGCGGCGUCGAGAUCUUCCUGGUAAUUGUAGAUUAGAAGUUGAAAAUCCAUUGAUGGAAUUUAUCAUCAGUGAAGCCUCAGCUAUGAAAAGAGCCUCUACUCUUAUACUCAACACCUUUGAAGAACUCGAAGCACCCAUUAUCGUUCAACUCGGCUCUUUCUUCGACAAGGUUUACACAAUUGGUCCUCUGCAUGCUCUCUUGAAGACUCGCAUCAAAGACUCUUCACAAUCCGUUUCAUCCUGUGGUAGUUUGAGAAAAGAAGACUCAAGUUGCAUGGAGUGGCUUAACUCUCAACCUCUUAAAUCAGUCAUAUAUGUUAGCUUUGGAAGUGUGAUCGAGUUGUCACGUGACCAAUUGAUAGAGUUUUGGCAUGGUUUGGUCAAUAGUAGGAAACCAUUUUUGUGGGUGGUAACACAAGACUUAGUUGAGGGGAAUGAAGAAUUAGGUCAAAUUUCGGAGGAGCUUGAACAAUGGACCAAGGAAAAAGGAUAUAUGGUGAGUUGGGCCCCACAAGAAGAAGUCUUGGCCCAUCCAUCUGUUGGUGGGUUUUUGACCCAUAGUGGAUGGAACUCAACUUUGGAGAGUAUUUUCGAGGGAGUUCCUAUGAUUUGUUGGCCUCAAGUUGCUGACCAACAAGUCAACGGAAGGUGUGUGAGCAAGUUGUGGAGGGUGGGGUUUGACAUGAAAGACACUUGUGAUAGGUUUAUAAUCGAGAAGAUGGUGAGAGAUCUUAUGGAAGACAAAAGGGAGGAAAUCAUAAGAUCGACGAAUGAAAUUGCAAGAAUGGCUCGUGGUAGUGUCAAAGAAAAUGGGUCCUCUCAUUGCAACCUAGAAAGGUUGAUUGAAGACUUACGCUUAAUGAGCUUAACCAACUAAAUUCAUGUUUAAACAUUUUAGUAUUACGUUUAAAAAGUUAGAGAAAAUUUGAAUAUGUUAUAUUGGCUUCUAGCAUUUGAAAGUAUCAUUACUCUAAAUAGAAAUCACAUGAAUUGUCGCUUAUGCAUCACUAGGUUAUAAUUUCGUUCAAUAUAUCGAACACUCAAUGAAAGCUUUAAAUAAGAUGGGUCCUCU